GUCCGUGCCCGCGCUCCUCGGCAAACUCGGGCGCCCGAGGCGGUGGCGACUGCGGCCUUUGGGGGAGCUGCUGAGUGCCGCCCAGUUUCGAGGCGUAGACUUGCGCCAGGGAAGAGCUGCUCUGAAGGGAGAGGGGAGCCCAAGGACAAGACUGAGAUGCCUUGGACUCCAGAGCAGCCCCCUGGGCACAUGGAAGGGCCCCCUGCGUCGGAGUCGGCCUCGUGGCCCCCGCUGCCCUGUGGGCCUUGCAUCCCCAUCAUGCUGGCCCUGGCCCUGCUGGCCGCCCUCUUCCUCCUCACCACGGCUGUGCUGGCCGAGCGCCUGUUCCGCCGCUCUCUGCGACCAGGCCCCAGCCACCACCCGCCCACCCUGGUCUGGCGCCCCGGAGGAGAGCUGUGGAUCGAGCCCACAGGCACCCCCCGGGAGCGCUCCGAGGACUGGUACGGCUCGGAGGUGCCCCUGCUGAUGGACCAGGCCCCGGACCCUCCUGUCCCCGGGGGCACCUUGGAGGCCCGAGCAACAGCCCCGCCUGCCCCGCCUGCCCCUUCUACUCCACGCUCCCCUCCCAGCUUUUUUGUUCCCCAGAUCCCACCCCAGGCCCCAGCCCCAAGUACCUUCUGGGGGCCCCAGGCCUGGGAAGGGAGGCCCCAUGCCCCGGGCCUGGUGAGCUGGGCUGAGCCUGAACAGAGGCCAGAGCCCAGCAUGAAUUUGGGGAGCCCCCAGGCCCGAAGACAGCGGCCAGGGAGCCCUGAUCCCGAGUGGGGCCUCCAGCCUCGGGUCACCCUGGAAGACAUCUCAGCUUUCUGGAGGCGAGAGAGCCGCACCAGCGUGGGUUUCUGAACCCCCAGAGCCCGGAGGACUGGCCUCCCAGAGGCCUCUGAGCAAGGCCCGACCUCAGAGCUCCCGCCUGGGAGCCCAGCUGACACCUGAGGCCAGGGAAGGAGGCCAGGCUUUUCACACCGGAUUUCAGUUCAGCUGGGUCUGGUCUGGGCAGGCUGGGUGUGGACACAGCCUGUGCUGCAGGGGAAGCUCAAGGUGCUUCUGCUUAGCUGCCUGCAGGGGGCGCUCAGUGCAGAGCGCAGGUGGGGAGGACUCUGGGCCAGAAGCCGCCGCCGAGAUCACGUUCCUGAUUAAGAAUUCAAGGUACGAGACCGGCAUGAAAGAGCAUCGCCGCAGCGGCUUCCGCCUUCCUCACUGUGUGUCCCAAUGCCGUGCCAGAGGGCAGGGCGCGGUGGACGCCGAAGAGGAGAUGCCAGCGUGCUAGCAGAUGACAGGAGCCCAGCUUCCGGAGCCACAAACCAUCCCGCCAGGAAAACACACACGGAGAGGCCAAGGCCAGCAAAGGAGCAUCUUACGAAAAAUGAACCCCAGCUCAGAGCACAAACGAGGGGAGCCAAGCUGGAGAGGCCGCUCUGCCUUCAGUCGGGGCCUAGAGCCAGAUAACCAUCUGCCGUCUCUGAAGGCUGACACCCCAACCCGCGGAGUCUAACCCCCCCCACACCCCCACCCCCAUCGUGAGGGAGGCCUGGGCCAAGGACAUCUGAGGUUGAACCAACAUGGAAAACCUUCCCAGGGCAGGGCAGCUCCCAAAAUGCAGCCUCUGGCCACCCCCCCCACCCCACCCCUGCCGGCCAAGCUGGCUGGAGUGUUCCAGAGAGACAGGUCCCCCCAGGCAGGCAGGCUUACUUAUAAGGCUCCAGCUCCACCCGGAGAAACGGAGCCCCCAAACGUCCUUGGCCCCACAGCACCCGUCUCAGCUGACCUCGCUGGGAGCAGAGCCAGGGGCCGGCGAGAGGCCAAGGAGUUUUCACUCCAAACUGCGGUCAUGACUGUUAGAGUUCUUGCCAUAUUGGUUUACCAACUGUACUAUUAUUUACUUUGUGUUUUCUUUGAUUGGUUUACUGUUUGCUUAAUAAAUUUAUUGUAGAAGGAAUAUUUCUUGUAUCACCUCUGUAAAUGGAAAACCAGUAUCACUUGCCAUAAAUAGAAGGUCAAAUAAAUACAUUGUAAACAAA